AUGGUGCUCGGAGCGGGAAGUGUAUAUAUCCAUGCCCAUUGUCCGCGAGAGGAUGCAGAGGCGGUACCGGAUGACUUCAACAAAACAGAAAGGUGCGGUUCCUUCGACCGGCUCACAAGAAUUUGCUCCUUCAUGCUCGAGCGAGACAACUUGCCACGCACUGCCGGAAGCCUCGCCUGGAUGAGGCAAAGGCUGUUCCGCGAGGGUUCUUGGAUCGCGUCGUAUGAGAGCGGUGCAUGCAUCGGUAUGGCAGUGUCGGACAUACACAUCAGCAUUGACAAGGCGGCCCUCUACCUGCGGCAAGUGUUGGCGAGCGACAAGUAUUCUCACCUCACGAAGAUACCAAUCUGUUUGGGUUUACAAAUUGAGAUAUGGCGGACUGAGGAGGGGGAAUUGGCUGCGGCAUUACAAGAGUCGAUCAACAGUACCGACUUCAGGGCGAUCCCGGCGGCUCAAGAAGCUAUCAACAUGCUCGAGAAGAUGAAACCCGACAAGAGUCGAAGCAAAGGUGAGGUGGCAGAGUCCUGUUCGAUAUGCUUUGAAGAGAUGAAGGUGCUUGAGGUUGAAGUUGUGCGCAUGCCAUGCGAGCACGUAUUUCACUAUGACUGUAUCGUCCGAUGGCUAAACACGAGCCAUUCGUGCCCGUUGUGCCGAUUUCCUAUGCCUACUACUGCUCAUGUUAAAGUUACCUGA